AGAAAGCACUACCAAUAAUAUAUUCAUAUUCCAAGCAAAAGAAAAUCAAAUCCUGAGAAAAAAAAGAAACUUUGGAGUUGUCCUUUUAUCCACAGUUUCAUUGCUAGUGGUACCCAACUAUUUGUUUAAUUACGACAUAUGCAAAUGAUAUGAAGUUAAACGAAACGAUUCAUUGUUUUUUGUAUAUUUACAAAAUUGUUGUUUACCUAAGCGGGCUUCCACGACCAAGACACAAUCUUUUGCAUAGUUACCUAGUCAAUAAACCAGGAAUGAAAACCCACCAUCCUCGAAGCUCUGGUUCAAACCCAUGGCUCGUCUUGUCUGACUGGUUAUAUAAGUGAGGCGUUAGAAUCUUUGAGUUUGUGGAAGGGCUGAUUCAUUUAAUAGCUCCGGUGGAGAGUGAAAGCGACACAGUAUUGGCAAAAGGCCCGGCGGUUGAAGAAAAAAAAUCUUUUUUUUUUCUCAUUAAUGUCCCCUGACCCCCGUCUCUUAAAAGCCCGUGUCAUCAUUCAUUCUUCUCUCUAGAAACAACAAAAACAACCCUUUUUUGCUUGUUAGCUUAAAUUCAAGAUUAGCGUUGUAAAUCUUACGUUUUUGUUUUGUUUUUUUUGGACAUAAACACAUGCAGUUCAGUUUAAAAUUUUUUUAUUGUUUAAAUGCUUAAAUUAUUUAUCUGGGGUCGGCGGUAACAAAGGAACAACAUCGAAUGCAGAAUCAAAGCUCGUGAUUGGAGGAAAAAGAAGAAGAAGAUGAGUCAGAGACUUAGCCUCCAUAGAGCUUCAUGAAUAUCAGCUUCACAUUACCAAUGGAAGCUCGAAGAAGUGUGCUGCUAAUCUUCUUGUUAGCUGUAAUCUUGUUCUUGAUUCAGUGCGUGCUGGCUCAGAGAGUUUCGAUAAGUUCUCCCAUCGAACGGCGGGCAUUGCUCGAUCUCCGCUCAUCAUUAGGUCUCCGAGGCAGGGACUGGCCUAUCAAGGCUGACCCUUGCACAUCAUGGCUCGGCGUUCAAUGCCAAAACGGCGCCGUCAGGAAAAUCACGGUUUCCGGUUUAAGAAGAACCAGACUUGGACGACUCAAUCCCCGGUUCAAUGUUGAUUCUUUGAUUAAUUUGACCCGGUUAGUUUCCUUCAAUGCUUCCGGGUUCUCGCUUCCCGGGUUAAUACCGGAUUGUUUUGGAACCCAGUUGAUAAAUCUCGAGGUUCUUGAUCUCCGGUCAUGCAAUGUCUCUGGUUCAAUCCCUGGUUCACUCGGCAACUUGGGUCGACUCACUUCCUUGUAUCUUUGUGAUAACAAUCUUGCCGGUUCAAUUCCUGCUGCAUUGGGACAGUUAAGGAAUUUAAAAAUUCUUGAUCUUUCAGUUAAUUCGCUUACUGGUUCAAUUCCUCAAAGUUUUGGCCUUCUUGGAAACAUCGAAAGGCUUGAACUUGCUUCAAAUUACUUAUCUGGGUCAAUUCCACCUGGUUUAGGUUCAUUAAAAGGUCUUCAAGUGUUCAAUGCCUCGGAUAAUAAUCUUUCUGGUUCAAUUCCCCUUCAGUUUGGUAAUCUUUCAAGGUUGGUUGAGCUUGAUCUUAGUAAGAAUUCUUUGUACGGGUCGUUGCCUGAGGAAUUUAAGAUGUUAAAAAGUUUACAAAAGAUGGUGAUUGGGGACAACGAGCUAGAAGGACGUCUACCUGUUGCUUUGUUUUCAAGUCUUGUUGAGUUGCAAGUUGUGGAUUUGAGUGGGAAUAGACUUGAUGGCGCUCUUAAUGGUACAUUUUGGUCAAUGCCUAAUUUGCGGUUCCUUGAUGUAUCUAGCAACAAUUUUACGGGUCCUUUACCGGGACCUAAUUCUAAUAGUAGUGCUGCUACAGCUGCCGUGUUCAAUCUGUCCAACAAUUUUUUAUAUGGAACUUUGAAUUUUUCCUUUGGGAUGUUUAAAUUUAUUGAUCUAUCUGGUAACUAUUUUCAAGGCAUGGUAGAUAAUGACAGUGAAAGAAAUGCUGAUAUUGAUAAGAAUUGCCUUCAGGCUGUGCUGAGGCAGAGGAGUUUGGAGGAUUGUAGACUGUUUUAUACAGAAAGAGAGCUAAGUUCUGAUAAUUUUGGAGCACCAGACACUCUACUGCGACCUCCUGCAGAAUCUAGUUCACAGGGCAGGAAACGAUGGAUAUUAAUCUUGGCAGGAGUAUUUGUUGGACUUGGCUUCAUUGUAAUUUUGGUAUUGGUGCUACUACUGAUCUUGAGACGGUGUGAUAAGGGCAUUAGAAAUCAAAGGGAAAGUGCAGAUGCAGGGCCUGUUCCAGAAGGAAAUAGUCCUCACCUUCCAAAAGAUCCUACAAACAUAGCUGGUUCUGGAGAUUCAUUUACAUAUGAGCAGUUGCUCCGAGCAACCGGUAAUUUUAGUGAGACAAAUCUUAUUAAGCAUGGUCACUCAGGAGACUUAUUUCGUGGUAUCUUGGAAGGUGGGAUUCCUGUGGUCAUCAAAAAGGUCAAUCUGAGUUCUUUCAAGAAAGAAUCAUACAUGAUGGAAUUGGAUUUAUUCAGAAAGCUUUCUCACACGAGUUUUGUCCCGCUCUUGGGGCACUGCUUGGAGCAUAAAACUGACAAGCUUUUGGUCUACAAAUAUUUGCCAAAUGGAGAUUUGGCCAAUUCCUUUUACAGGGCUACCAACUCGGAGGAUGAUAGUUUAAAGUCCCUGGAUUGGAUUACAAGGUUGAAAGUAGCUACUGGAGCUGCUGAAGCCCUAUACUAUUUGCACCAUGAAUGUAACCCUCCCCUUGUUCACAGGGAUGUUCAAGCAAGCAGUAUCCUUCUUGAUGACAAAUUUGAAGUGAGACUUGGAAGCUUGAGCGAAGUUCGUGUCCAGGAAGGGAAUACACACCAUAUUGUGCUCACAAGGUUUCUCUGGAAGCCGCAGACCCCUGAGCCAGGCCCUUCAGGUUCAGGCUCUUCUUCGACUAAUUGUGCCUAUGACGUGUAUUGUUUCGGAAAGGUAUUACUUGAGCUUAUAACAGGCAAGCUUGGCAUUGGUAAAGCAGAAGAUGCAUUUACAAAAGAGUGGCUUGAGCAAACUUUGCCUUGCAUCAGUAUAUAUGAUAAGGAAUUGGUGACUAACAUUAUGGACCCGUCCUUGAUAGUAGAUGAGGAUCUAUUGGAAGAGGUAUGGGCCAUGGCAAUUGUGGCAAUGUCAUGCCUUAACCCAAAGCCUUCCAAACGACCCUCAAUGAAACAUAUUCUUAGAGCAUUGGAAAACCCUUUGAAAGUGGUAAGGGAGGAGAGUUUCAGCUCUGCUAUGCUAAGAACAACUUCGUCUAGGAGAUCAUGGACUGCUGCCUUCUUUGGAAGUUGGCGACAGAGCUCAUCAGAGAGCACCGCCAUUUCAGGCCACCCCAACAGAGAGGGUGCAGGUGGUUUUAAGCAGUCAGGUAGAGUAGGUUCUCAUGGCAGUGGAGGAAUUGAACACUCAUCCUCAAAUAAAAAGUUGUCGAAUGAAAUUUUCCCCGAACCAGUGGAAAUGCAAGAAAGGGAGAGGUUAGAUGAGAAUUAGUCGAAAGAGUAUUUGCUACGUUAUUAAUGAUUUUAAGGUGGCUUCUGUGUAAGUGCCUGCUCAACCAUUGAAUCCCAACUGCUUUUAGUUGUACGCCCAUUGGGUUCUAAAGCUAUUUAUAAGGAAAUCUAGCAGGCUAUCCAAUCUGAUGAAGAUAAACUGGUUGAGCUGAUGCAUCUCUAGGCGGGCUAGGCCUGACGAAAAUGGCCGAAGUCAGCCAUGAAGAAGCGACCGGAGACCGUCUCCAUUGAGAUUCUUCUCCUAUUUCUAAAGCUUGUUUGAAUUCAAUUGUCAAUAUAAGCAGCAAUUUUUCAUUGUUAUUGGCAUUUUCUCACGUAUCUAAACAUGUAGAGUGUAAAAUUGUCAAAGAUUAGGACUCUUUGCAGCUAUAUUAAGUUUCCAUUUUGUUAAUAGCAA